GUUCAGUAUAGUUGUGUCCAAGAACCUCGGCUUCGCGUCAUUUAAUAUGGCAACGUAUGGAGUGUUGUCGUGUUUGGACACAUUUCCAACACACAUGAACCCUUUUGACGUUCUUAUCAAUAAGUCACAGUUUCAAUAUGCCUUCCCGGAAUACACAGAUGUGCAUUCCGGUUCUGUGACUGUCCUGUUCACCGUGGGACAGCAGAAGAAUCGCAGUAAAUCCAGACUUUUACUUUGUGCACAUCCAACAGUGGAUGACAGCCCUGGACCAGAAGACCGAAACAAACCGAUCAUCCUGCUGGUGUCCCGGCUCUUUCUCAGACAUCACGACCUACAGCAUAAAUCGGCGGGGGCGGUUCGGUUGUUCCCAACCUCUUUCUUGAGUAAAGUGGUGAUCGGAGCAAAGUCUAAACACAGUUUUAAAUGGGCCAGCUCGGCUAAUUUCUCCACUGGGCUGCAGGUUCUUGCGUCGGAUGGACAGACACUAUUGGCCCGGGAAGGGGACAAACUGUUGCUGCCAUACCAUCCUCUUUUCGGAGACAACUGGGCUCAGGUCCAACAGCUCCUCCUGGACCUGGUGGUGUUGUCGUGUAGCCCGGUGAGACAGGGCAGGAUCACGGCCAGCUCAUGCAUCGUGGUGUCGGACCUCUCGGAGCCUCCAGGUUGCCUCUCCCCGGCCAAACCUCGGACCAAACUGUUUGUCUCAGACUUUGCUCAUUUCUCCAACAGCCUGUACAGGAGCAGCUCGUUGCUGGCCAACAAGAAGGCUCUGACCUCUGGGUUCUCCGGGUUUCUGCAGGCCUUGGAGGGCAGAGUUGACGUCCGAGUAGCCAAUUUAUUGCCUCUGCUAAAAGACACAGAUUUUCGGGGACAGGAUUUGGAUAGUACUGUUCUUGUGAGCAAGAAUUUGCUUAUGAAACUUGGGCUGUUUAAUCACGAAUGGGUGGUGCUGUCUGAGCUGAAACCACAAAACAGUAUUGAUGUGUCUCUCCCCCGUGGAGGUCGCCUAGCCUCCCUGCUGGCUAUGGAUCUCACGCCUUUAAGUCUGGAGCUCCACUUGAAUGACACUAGUGGUUUAAUUUCCACGACUCACUGGUUCAAUCUGUCAGGGGGGGAGACGGUCCCCACGGCCAACAGGACCCUGAGGAUAAAGAGAUGGAAUGACUCCAGUGUGAUCCGGGGGUCUCCGAGCUUCUGUCUCUCAGCCUCCCCUCACUUCGCCAGCAAGCUGCACGUUGAACCGGUCCGCUCCCCACAAUACGAUGCUCACCACUGCUACGAUCGCAUGCUAGCUCACCACUUCAACACACCUAGGCUGGUGUCAGCGGGAGAUGUCCUGGCGAUCUCAGAUGAAAACUAUACAGGAGAGGUGGAGAGCAUUUCACAUCAGAGGGGGGUGGUGCUGUACUUCAAGGUGACUAAGGUGUUUGGUCCUGGCGAUGGAGAGGAGGAGCAAACAGGACUUUACCUCGCUGACAAGCACCAUACUUCACUCUACACGGGCGGCGCCACCGGCAGCCUGGUACCGUUCUGCAGCGUUGGGAGCUCGUUGUGGUCCAGUGUUUCUCCCGCAGGACUCACCGGCAGUGUGGACCACAUCACCAGCAUCAUUACACCACACUUCAACAACAGAAGCGGUGUGGCUCUGGGGCGAUGUAACAUCCUUCUCCAGGGAGCAAGAGGAUGUGGAAAGAUGACAUCUGCUAGAGCCGCCUGCAGACGACUCCACCUUCAGCUGUUUGAGGUCCAGUGUGUUAGUGUGUGUGGGGACACGACGGCUGCUUGUGAGGUGAAGAUGAAGAGCGUGUUCAAGAAGGCCGAGUCUCUCCAGCCCUGCGCACUUCUGCUGAGGAACCUGCAGUUCCUCGGCCCGCCAAGAGGGGGUGGUGAUGAGGACAGCAGGGUGCAGGCUGCCCUCUACCAGCUGCUUACCAGCUGCUCUACCAGAGUUGUCGUCAUAGCAACAGUAAGCCGACAUCGGGAGGUUUCUGCAGACGUCAUGGCAGCGUUUGUCCACCAGGUGUCGAUAGAGAGCCCUAAUGAGGAACAGAGAGGAGCCAUGUUGGCUAGCCUCACCCUGGGGCUUCCUCUGGGAAGGGACGUUAGCCUUGAGUACCUGGCAAAGCACACCUCUGGUUUGGUUCUUGGAGAUUUGAGCUCUCUGCUGGCUGAAGCAGGGAGGGCAGCCACCACAAGACUUCUGCAAUGCCUGGACUUAGGUGCUGGCCAGUGGGAGGUGGACCUCUGCUCCAGCGGGGUGAGCCUGGAGCUCCAGGACGUGACCUCGGCCCUGGAGAGGCUGCAGGGCUGCAGGGCCAGAGCUGUCGGUGCCCCCAAGAUCCCCAGUGUGCGGUGGCAGGAGGUGGGCGGCCUGCAGGACGUGAAGCAGGAGAUCCUGAACACGGUGCAGCUGCCCCUGCAGCGGCCAGAGCUGCUCUCCCUAGGCCUGCACCGGGUGGGCCUCCUGCUCUACGGACCCCCCGGCACCGGCAAGACCCUGCUGGCCAAGGCCGUAGCCACCGAGUGCUCCAUGACCUUCCUCAGUGUUAAAGGCCCUGAACUCAUCAACAUGUUUGUUGGGCAGAGUGAGGAGAACAUCAGAGAAGUGUUCUCCAGAGCCAGGACAGCUGCUCCCUGCGUGGUGUUCUUUGAUGAACUGGACUCUCUGGCCCCCAGCAGGGGGCGCAGUGGAGACUCUGGAGGAGUCAUGGACAGGGUGGUCUCCCAGUUGCUGGCCGAGCUGGAUGCUCUUCAUUCGAGCAGGGGGGUCUUUGUGAUCGGGGCCACAAAUCGUCCGGACCUGUUGGACCAGGCUUUGCUUCGUCCUGGCAGGUUUGACAAGCUGGUCUAUGUUGGAAUCAACUCAGACAGAGAGUCUAAACUCCAGGUCCUCAAGGCGAUCACUGCAAAGUUCCACUUGGACCCUGAUGUUAGUUUGGAGGUGGUGGUGGAUGGAUGUCCAAGCCAGCUGAGCGGGGCAGACCUCUAUGCGCUCUGCUCUGAAGCCAUGACUGCAGCCGUCAGAAGGAAGAUCUUGCUCAUCACCGACGGGCUGGACACGGAAGACUCCCCACUUGUGCUGUCCUCAGAGGACUUCACCAUGGCUCUGAAGGACCUCCAGCCAUCUGUUUCUGAGCAGGAGCUUCUCAAGUACCAAAACAUUCAGCAGCAACUCACUGCCAAAUGAACCCUCCCAAUAACGUCCCACAGCAUUCAGGUGAACGGGGAAGAGCUGUCGACCUACUAGUCAGCGGAUACCAGUCUAGCCUGACUUAUCCAUCAUAUCAUGUAGUAUAUUCCAUCAUAUAAUGCAGUAUACUCCAUCAUAACGUGCAGUGUACUCUAUCAUAUCAUGUAGUAUGUUCAAUCAUAUAAUGUAGUAUACCCCAUCAUAUCGCGCAGUAUACUCCAUCAUAUCGCGCAGUAUACUCCAUCAUAUCAUGCAGUAUACUCUAUCAUAUAAUGCAGCAUACUGCAUUAUAUAUAGUCCUGCUAUCCUUCAGGGAUCAUUUUCUUCAUUCACACCGUUUAAAAAUGUCAAUAGAAAUGCAAAUCUAAUUUAUGCAAUCUAAUUUAUGCAAAGUAUGAAUGUGUUUUGAAUCUUGUAAACCUAAUGUAAGUAAUUAUUAAAUAAUAUUAUUAAUAAAAUCUCUGUAUGCGCAACACCACACUAUGGGGAUAAACUCAUGAACCACAAUCAAAGUUUUAAUGUUUAAAGUUUCAGACACAGCAAAUUAAUCACUAGACAUCCAGUUUACUUCACAGUGGAAAUGAUUAAAGGGUAAGCCUAUCCCUAACCCUAUUUAAGGGUCUGGUACCAUAUAUCAUCCCUAACCCUAUCGAUGCUACACUGCAAGAAAGGGUCCUUUCAUUGGUGGGAGACAUCCUGUGACUUGAUCACAUUGGUGCGGAGCUCAUCUGACCACACAGGUUUUGCUAUAGAAGACAGAGGAAAUAAGGACAGUACUCGUAUCAAUACAUCAGGUUACACAGCCAGACACACACCAUGUUUCUCUACACUAAAUAUUCUGUACAGCAUCAGUGGACCAUGUUUAAAUCUUCAAAUAUCAGUUUCCUAAAGUUAAAGGCCCUCUGUAUUAAGAUUGCUUGAUGUGCUAUCAGGAGACUGGAUACCUUUUCAGUCCUUUGAGAUGCCAUGGAAGCAGAUUAGCUAUCGUGAGACUGCUCAAUGAAGAGCAUGUCAACGUGUUACGACAGAAGAGUUAUGUAUUCUGUCUCUCGAAAGAUUGCCCUUAUUAUAGGUAAAUAUCUCAAAUAUUUUUUACGUCACACUUUUCAACCAAGUGCCUCAUUUAGAAUAAGAUUUAGCAUGCUGUUCAACAUAGUACCAAGGAUGUUUUCGUCAAAAUGUCCACUCUUCUCAGCAACAUCUUAGCUUGUGUCAGAUUUGAUCAAUCAAACGGUUUUCAUAGAUUAGAACUGUUUUAGAAGUGGGGUUUCCAUUGGUUGCCUUUUAUCAGCAUUGACACAGUGUGUCGGCAUUCUGCUUGGGGAAGGUGGUAUAAAACAAACAUCUUAGGUCAACCAAAGAUGGUAUAUGCUGGGAUGAUGCACAGGCCACACUAACUAGAGUCCAGUGAGAACAAGAGCAGAGAUUUCGUCCAGUGAGUCGGGCUCCUGGCUCCUGGCUGCCAGGGGUCCAUGAAGAACAUCUGGAGUCCCCCAGGAGGAUACCUUCUCCUGAAGCCUCAGGUGAAAUGGGCCAUGCGGCUGCAGGUUCUGGAACAAAAGGACAUUUAGUGCCAAGGAUUGGUGUUAUUGCACCACUAGGUUGUAUACAAGAAGCACACUUAAUGUACCUGAGUUACGUUCCAUUACCUAAACCUAACCUCCCUUCCAGGACUCAUAUUAACCA